CCGGAGCUCAGUGGUCAGUCAGCAAGCCUGCACGCGGACUUCAAUUACCAGUGUGCCCCCGCUCGAGCUGUCACUCUUUUGUUCCUUUAAAGGAGGCAGCAGCUGCUGAAAAGAGCUAUGUGAUCUGAAAGCGGACACUCGUGUACCGUUGUGUGGUAGACACAAAACCCCAGAAGGACAGGCUGAGAUCUUGAAGCGGUUGCCGCUUUACCCUCUCCAACAAGCGGGAACUGAUAAUGGUGGACGAGGCUAACCAAGAGAAACUGCAGCACUGCAAGGUGCAGGCGAGUAACUGCAUAGAAGCUGCCAGAGAAUCGUUAAGUGAACUGAGCAUGGCCAUAUGGAGCUGCCCUGAGCUCGCCUUCCAAGAGACACAGGCUCACGACACCCUUGUCCGUUUCUUCACCGUUAAACAGAAGGGCUGGGCGGUGCAGAGCCACUACAAACUGGAGACGGCAUUCCGGGCCACUUGGGGACCCGUCGGAGGCAAGGAGAAUGACCGUCCUAUUAACGUGGGUUUCCUCUGCGAGUACGACGCUUUGCCGGAUAUCGGACACGCGUGCGGCCACAACCUGAUAGCGGAGGUCGGUGCUGCCGCUGCCUUGGGGUUGAGGGGAGCGCUGGAGAGCCUGGAGACCCUGCCGGUGCGAGUGAUGGUCACCGUGCUUGGCACACCAGCUGAAGAAGACGGAGGGGGAAAGAUUGACCUUAUUGAAGCUGGAGCCUUUGAGAACAUGGAUGUUGUUUUUAUGGCACAUCCUUCUCAGGAAGAUGCUGCUUACCUUCCAGAUAUGGCUGAACAUGAUGUGACUGUGAAGUACUAUGGGAAGGCUUCUCAUGCUGCAGCGUACCCUUGGGAAGGGAUUAAUGCAUUAGAUGCUGCUGUUCUUGCAUACAACAACUUGUCUUUGCUGAGACAGCAACUGAAGCCUGACUGGAGACUGCACGGUGUAAUUAGGCAUGGAGGGGUGAAGCCAAAUAUUGUUCCUUCUUUUUCUCAGUUGGAAUUCUAUCUCCGUACACCAAUGUACAAAGAUCUUCCUGUUCUCCGGGAGAAGGCUGAAUGUUGUUUCAAAGCUGCCGCAAUUGCAACUGGAUGUCGGAUUGAACUGGAAUAUGGAAGGCAUGAAUACCACAAUGUGCUCCCAAACAAAAUCCUAGAGCAACUUUAUGAAGAAAAUGGCAAAUCUCUAGGUGUACAGUUUACAACUGAUGAGACUGUUCUAAACACUCCAUCAGGUUCGACUGACUUUGGGAACGUGUCCUUUGUUGUUCCAGGAAUACACACUUAUUUUUAUAUUGGAACUGAAGCACUCAAUCAUACAGAGGAAUAUACUGAAGCCACAGGCUCAGAGAAGGCACAAUUCUACACUCUGAGAACAGCAAAGACACUUGUGAUGACUGCUCUGGAUGUUAUUUUCAACCCAGACAUAUUCCAGCAAGUGAAAGAAAACUAUGAAAUUGCCAGGCUGAAAGAAGAAAAUGAAAUGAGAGGAAUAAUCUCUGGUAACAGCUCAGGCCCUGAGCAUUGCAGUGGUGCUGGGAGUGCUUCGCGCUGAAACCAGUACCAAACACCACAAACUGCUCAGUUCCUUUUUCAGUUUUACUCAAAAGACAGAAAAAAAAGUUUUUUGUCUUGUCUUUCUUUUUUAUGAACAAUCUGAUUACAUACAGUAUAAUUAUAUCUUUGUAAUGGGACCCACAGACCGACUGAAAUGGUGAUUACUUUUGAAGGUGUUGUUUUUGUUAUUUUUAGGACCAGGAAUAUGUUAUUUAAAAAUGUUAUUGAUUACAGUGGUUCAAAGUAUUCCACUCUAGUGUGCUGAUCAAUAGUACCUCUCCUGAAAUCUUUUUACAGGAGUACAUUAUGCAAACAAUGCCUGCAUGAUGUGUUUGAAAUAACAUGACCUGCAUUUAUCUAUAGUUAGGACAGAUGAAGUCUUUCGAGUAGUCUCAGAGGUUAGUUUAAAGUAGAAACAUUCUGGCUUGAUGCUUAGUUUACAGCAUGUUCUUAGUUUAAACAUUUUCAUUAGACUUCGGCCUUUGUGGAUCUCGCCUGUUGCCAGGCUGCCUAUAAGUCAUUGCUGAAUCAGUCUGCUCUUUAUUAACUAAUGCUAGCUAGGAGGGCUAAAUGAGGGCAACUGAACAGAUGUAGUUCUGCAUUUAUAGGUAAUGGAGCUUUAGUUGUAUCUGUUGUGAGUGAGACAGACUACUGCACUGCAAAAAACAAACAAAAAAAAAAAUGCAUA